AUGACAAUAAAUCCUGAAAUAAAGCAGGUAAUUGUGAAUGACACUGUUAUUUAUAACGGUUUAUCAAUAAACUGUAGUAAUAAGAAAAUAGCAUCCGGAGAAGUGUCUGUAGAUAGUAUAAUAUUUACAUCGAGAAAGCAAUAUGGACUUCCAAGUGAUGCGGUAGUAUAUUGCAAUUUUAAUCAGUUAUACAAGAUGGAUCCUAAAUUACUAGAAACAUGGGUCUGUAUACUUAAAAUGGUGCCAAAUAGUAUUCUUUGGUUAUUAAGUUUUCCAGCAGCUGGAGAACCCAACGUAUUAAAAUAUGUUCAGAGCUUAGGGUUGCCACCCAGUCGUGUGAUAUUUUCAAAAAUAGCUUGUAAGGAGGAGCAUGUACGAAGAGGUCAAUUGGCUGAUAUUUGUUUAGAUACACCUCUCUGCAAUGGGCAUACAACUGCUAUGGAUAUUCUUUGGGCAGGUACACCUAUAAUAACAUUGCCGGGAGAAACUUUAGCAUCAAGGGUUGCUGCUUCGCUUUUAAAUACUUUGAAAUGUCCAGAACUUAUAGCCAAAGAUAUGGAGUCUUACGUAAAUAUAGCUGUAAAAUUGGGCACAAAUAUAGAUUAUCGAAGAUAUAUUCGAGCGAAGGUUUCACAGGCUCGUUUGUGUAGUACGUUGUUUGAUUGUAAAUACUACGCAAGUGGGUUGGAAUCACUAUAUAGCAAAAUGUGGGAGCUAUACAAAAGUGGAAAAGGACCAGACCACAUUAAAGCAUUCCAAUAA